GAAAGAAUAGCGAUUACUGUUCAGUGAUCAGUUGAAGCCACGAGCAGUUUGUUAUCGAUGAUGAGAGAGACAGCGCGAAGGAGCAUCAUUAGUACUUCAUCACACUGCAGCUCAGGGUGACUCACCAUGACGACAGAGCUAGGUGAAGCCCAGCCCACAGAGGCGGAGUCUUUCCCUGAAGCUGCCAACCACUCCACACCGAAACAGGGUGAGAAGGGUGGUGUGUCCCAAGCUCAGAGCUCCUUGGCAGAGGACUCAGCCAGUAACCUGUCGUCAAGCAGCUGGAUUGCUCGCUCUCCUGCUAGAAACUCACUGAGCUUUAGAAGAAUGCAGGCCAGUGUGACCCUGCUGGAUGGCUCCAUGUUCACCUGCACCGUGGAGAAACAAGCUCGAGGUCUGCAGCUGUUUGAGAAGGUUUGUGAACACAUAAACCUGCUAGAGAGAGACUACUUCGCUUUGUCCUUCAGAGAUGCUGACAAUAACAAGAACUGGUUGGAUCCAGGAAAGGAGAUGAAGAAGCAGGUCAGAGGCGUUCCCUGGAACUUCUCUUUUAAUGUGAAGUUUUACCCUCCUGAUCCUGCACAGCUGUCUGAGGACAUCACCAGGUACUUCCUGUGUCUCCAGCUCAGACAGGAUAUAGUUUCUGGUCGUCUUCCUUGUUCGUUUGCAACUCACACCAUCCUCGGCUCCUACACAGUCCAAUCAGAGCUUGGAGACUAUGAUCCCGAUGACUGUGGUGCCGACUACAUCAGUGAAUUGUGCUUUGCUCCGAAUCAAACUAAAGAAAUGGAAGAGAAGAUCACAGAGCUGCACAAAUCCUACAGAGGAAUGACUCCAGCUGAAGCAGAGAUGCAUUUCCUGGAAAAUGUAAAGAAACUUUCCAUGUACGGAGUUGACCUCCAUCAUGCAAAGAUGAUAGGAAGCGGCUUUGUUUGCCUGUCUUCAGCUAAGUCAGAGGACUCAGAGGGUGUGGCCAUUAUGCUGGGUGUGUGCAAUAGUGGUCUGCUGGUCUACAGAGAUAGACUGAGGAUCAACAGGUUCUCGUGGCCAAAGAUCCUGAAGAUUUCGUACAAAAGAAACAACUUCUACAUCAAGAUCCGACCAGGAGAGUUCGAGCAGUUUGAGUCCACCAUUGGUUUUAAGCUGUUCAACCAUAGAGCUGCUAAGAGACUCUGGAAGGUGUGUGUGGAACAUCACUCCUUUUUCAGGCUAUUAUCACCAGAAGAAACUCCUAAGAAGUUCCUGACUCUGGGUUCAAAGUUUCGUUACAGCGGUCGGACUCAGAUUCAGAGUCGCAGAGCCAGUGCUCAGAUAUCCAGACCAGCACCGCAUUUCCCACGAUGUAUCAGCAAGAGGAGCAUGUUGAGCCGCAGUUUAGAUGGAGCUUCACAGACUGGACCUACCUCCUCUCCGAUUGUCUCUCAAGCCAUCACAGCUUCCCCAAAAGUCAAUGGUGGCACUCACACAGAUAUGGGUUCUGGGCUGUAUGGAGCAUCUAAAGCCAUCGCCAUCAGUGACCUCAUCACAACAGUAACACCUGAGAAGAGAAUGGAAGAGAGCAGUGAAGUUCAAGUGGAGGAGGUGCAGGAAGUGGAGAACGUGAAUGAAAAGGAGCAAGAGGAGGAGGAAGAGGAAACCAAAGAAACAGAGAUUUCACAGCAGAGUACUCUCACUCCUCCGAAAAUAGACACCAAAACUGAGCUAACUGAUACUGCUGUGGACGAAGACCUGACAGCUACUGAGUCUGACCAAGAUGAAGAUUUGAAAACUCAGGGAACAUUGGGUAGUCCUGAGGAGAUGCAGAAACCUCAGAGCACCAUUAGCGCCCUCAGACGCUCCUUUUUAGAGGGAGGAGAAGGAGAAGGAGGAGGAAUGACAGAGUGGGAGAAGCGUCUGGCCUCGUCACCUCUCCGAAGGGUCGAUGACUCCCCAAUGAUUGAACCUCUGGAGCCCGAUGAGGAGGGCGGGUUCAUGACAAACCAAGCUCGUCCUCAGCCAUUCAAAAAGAAGAGCUACACAGUGGGGCAGACUUACUGCACGGUCUCUGGCAGGGUUUUUACCAUGACGAUCAUGGAUGACAGCUCUGAUGCUACCAUGACAACAGCAAGUGUCAAACCCCGCCAACAAGCUCAACGCAUUUCACAGCUCACUGCUGACGAUGACAUCACAGAGGGACCGCUGAUUGCCAUCCCUGAGGUGAAGACUCCGACUUCACCUUCGGACCUGCCACCUGUUGACAACAGACAAAUGAUUAGUGUGGCUGAAGGUCUCGACUUCUGUGGGGUCUCUGUGAAGUCCUUCCCUGCCACUCCUACAUCCUCACUGGACAAGCUAAGCCCCAUCUCUGGCAGGAAAUCACCUUUGAUGGCAGCAGUGCCUAAACCUACAUUUGAUGAUAUGUCUCCUGAGCUGACAGCUCUGCUGAAAUCAGCCAGAGAGCAACAAACCGUCAGAGAACACGACCUGCUCAAGACUUCAGAGGAGGUGGAGACAAUAAUGCUGGUGACAGAGCCACAUGACCAGGACGAGGCAAUGGUGGACCAGCAAAAGGUAGCAAAAGAAAGUCAUGUGGGCAUGUCCUUCAGUAAUCUACCAGCCAACCCAGCAGGUGUUGAUGAUAGCACACAGCAAUGGGCCUGUGACAGUUUUAAUGAUGGUCGGGCUAAUAGUCCAACAAGUGAUGAUGAUGAUGAUAUUAGCUACGAGCGCAGCAGCCAGGCUAGCGAUGACAACGAUAGUGAGAUUAGUGAGGAUGCCGUCAGUGUGCUGGUACAGGCAGCAGUGGAGGAGGCCAUCGAAGCUGCAGUCAGAGAGACUCAGGCCCCCAACGCUAAUGACACUAAUCAGGAUAACAUUAACAACAAGAUAGCAGUUAGCUUUUGUGAACAGGAGCAAGCUAGCUCUGUCCUGGACUCUCAAACACCUGGGACUCUGCAUUACACUGACAACGAAGACUCAGACGACUCACAGGAAGAUGAAGGAGGGUGGCAGUUUGAAGAAAACUCCCCUCCGCCCUCUUUACUCCAUCCCACAUCCAGGCACUUGGCCCAUCAGAUGCAACCAUCUGCCCACAGGGAUGACGAUGAGUUCAAACCGCUACAGGAGAGCCAAGUAGAAUCUGAUACUCCUGCUGGUCUGCUGCUGAGCUCACAGAGCUACACCACCGAGACCUCCAACACCACUACUACCACCACUCACAUCACCAAGGACUGA